GAGAAAAACUUUCAACGCUGUUAUCGCUAAAACAGAAAAUAGUUAUAAAAAGGAUUUUGUAUUUUAAAUUCUCAGUUUUACCUUACUGACGCCAAAGCAUUCAGCACCAUGGACAGCGUCCGCGCGGCGGUUUACCUGAGCGUGUUCCUCUCGCUGCUCUGCGUCUGCAGGGGUCAGAUGUCACUGGACAACCGACUGAGCGCGCAAGAGGAGCAGUUCAUCAAAAGAGACCUGGCUGAGGCGCUCGAUGAACUUUUGGAUGGAGAUCAGGACAAUCGGAUAUCUGUGGAGAAAAAAGCUAGUGUCAUCCCAAGGUGUGAUGUGGGGGAGCGCUGCGCCAUGAAGCACGGACCGCGCAUCGGGCGACUGUGUGAUUGCAUGCGAGGAACAGCCUGCAAUACUUUCUUCUUGCGCUGCUACUGAUAGAGCUCGCGCAGCUCUCUUCUCUCUCAGGCACUGUGCUAAUUAAACUCGUGACAGCAAUGCUUGGGACACCUCAUCUAUUUAACGCGUGAAAUUACAUGGGUGAUGUAUUCAGUACUGUUGUUUUGUUCGUAAACUUGUCUAUGUGUAUAUGAUUAAACGUGUUUAUUUUAAGUUAAUAAAACGUCUUUAAGGCUCAUUCGUUCUGAACACUGUCUAGCCUACUCUA